AGAAGCCAACAAUGUCAGACGUCGGGGAAAUAAUCAAAACACUUGGUGAUUUUGGGCGAUUCCAAUGCUGGUUGCUGCUGUUGCUCACUCUAGCCUCACCAAGCAUUGGCUUUCAUAUGUUUGGCCAGUUAUUCAUGGUCAUAGAACAGCCCCAUUAUUGCAACACAAGCUGGUUCAACGCCAUCGGCUUGAACUUGACCAAAGAGGAACGGCUGAACUUGACCCUCCCGAAAAGGUCUGAUGGGACUUUUGAGGAAUGUCUCAUGUACACUCCAGUGGACCAGGAUCUCGAUGCCAUCAUAAAAUACGGACUUAAUUCUACAGAGAAGUGUCAAGAUGGAUGGGUGUAUCCUUCAAAGCAAGAGCCUUCUUUACUCACACAGUUCGACCUGGUAUGUGACAGGCACGAUUUACACGACAUCUCGCAAUCUAUUUACAUGCUGGGCCUUCUCACUGGAGCACUGGCGUCUGGUCUGUUAAGUGACCGGUUUGGUCGGCGGCCAAUUACUCUGUUGUCCCUGCUCAUCGAAGGCACAUUUGGGGUGGCUGCGGCCUUUGUUCCCAAUUUCUACCUCUACAGUGCAUUUCGAUUUCUUGUGGGUGCUGCUGUUUCUGGCAUCGCGAUAAGCACUUUAGCUCUAGCUACCGAAUGGGUUGGACCUGACUAUCGUCCACAAACUGUGAUUGUCAGCCAUCUGGGCUUUGUGGUCGGGCAGAUGGUCCUGGCUGGCUUGGCUUACGCCAUUCGUGACUGGAGGAUGCUGCAGGUGGCUGGAUCAGCCCCGGUGUUUGGUCUCUUCUUUUACCUAUGGGUCCUUCCUGAGUCUGCUCGAUGGCUCGCAGCCAAAGGGAAAAUGGAGGAAGCCAAGAAGCUUCUCCAGAAGGCUGCCUCUGUCAACAAGCGAACCAUCCCACCAAAACUGUUACAACAGCUGAAACCUGAAAAGACCAAGUCUGCAAGCAUUCUGGAACUCCUCAGAAAUCCCCACUUGGGGAAGGUGACAUUUCUUAUGUCAUCAGUCUGGUUUGUCAACAGCUUGGCAUACUAUGGAUUGAGCUUGAACGUGGGCAGUUUCGGCUUCAAUAUCUACCUGACACAGGUUAUCUUUGGGGCUGUUGAAAUUCCUGCUCGCCUGUCCUGUGUCUUCCUGAUGCAGUGGUUAGGGAGAAAAAAAUGCCAAACUUUCGCCUUGUUCCUGGGGGGAACCAUUUGCCUUCUCAUCACAGUCAUUCCAAAAGAUUUGCCUGUGCUAGUAACAGUGUUUGCCAUCAGUGGGAAGUUCAUCCUCUCUGGUUCUUUCUCAACAUCCUAUGUGUAUUCCGCAGAGCUAUUCCCAACUGUUGUCCGGCAGACUGGUGUGGGGGUGUGCCAGAUGGCAGCCAGGCUGGCCGGCAUUAUCUCGCCCCUGAUUGGCCUCUUGGACAAGUAUCACCCCUCCAUCCCUGUGGUGAUAUUUGGCAGCACAGCAGUGGUUGGUGGAAUCCUGUCUUCCUUCCUUCCGGAGACAUGCGGCAAAGAACUUUCGGAUCACCUGGAUGACAAUGCAGGCAACCAGAGGCCCAGCAAGACAAUCAGGGGCAGCUUGGAAAGUGGAUAUUUAAAAUCAAACGAAGACAUUACUGAACAGAGAAUGACGACUCGCUUUUAGCCAGCAGUACAAAUUGCUCCAGGGUGCCAUGAAUGAAAACAGCAGAAAAAUGAGUGGAUUUUUCCCCACUGUGAGCAGUGGAUACAAAUAAUUGGUUUUAACUUCUUUUAAAUGGAUUUUUAAAUGUUCUUUUUUUUUAAAGAAAAGAAAAUCAGUUAUAUUAGUGCCCCUUAAAAUAACUUGGUUUGAUAUGUCUGAAUGUAAU